AUGCCGAGACUGGAUGUACGGCCCCUCAAUUUUUCCAUCAUGUGCGCAGGUGUGACUGUAUCGGCGGACGAAAUAAAGAAGGGAUUCAGGCGAGCGUUCGCGGAGCCAUGGCCUCACGGUUUGAGAUACGAGGGAGACGGGCGGCCGUUUUGGCGGCAUGCAGUGGCCAUGGCGACAGGAUCUGAUAACCAGGACUUGUUUGAAGACCUUUACCAGCACUAUAAGAAGGCGUCGGCAUGGAGGGUGGCAGACGGUGCAGUGGAUGCUCUGUUGAGACUCAAACAAGCCAACGUCCGCCUGGCGAUAGUGUCCAACUUUGACUCAAGAUUGCGCCCAAUUCUACGGGACCUUCAAGUCGACUUGCUGUUUGACGCCAUAGUCGUAUCCGCUGAAGUUAAAUACGAGAAGCCAUCACCAGAGAUUUUCGCCAUUGCUCUUGAGGAACUAGGAGUGUCGUCUCCCAGUCGCGCAGUGCAUGUGGGGGACGAUGCAGUUAAUGACUUACAAGGAGCCGUGGAUGCUGGCCUGCAUGCAUGGUUAUGGAAACAGGACAUCGACAAGUACGUUCCUGACGUCGAAUCCCCGUAUCGGCCAUUCUUCAAGCCCCCGUCUCUCCUCCACACAUCAAACAACCCCUCUUCUACCUCCAAGUCUCUCAGCCUCUUCGGGAGCUUAAAGCCCACGGAAGUGUUCGCUGAGACGCAGCCGCCAGAGCUUCAACACAUGGGGGAGGAAAAGAAGGAGAAGAUUCCGAGAAGCUGGCUGGGACGAGCAGAGGAAGGCCGGGGGAUUGGGCGAGGGGAGAAAGGAGGGAGAGGAGGUAGAAGUAUCUGUGGUGACAACGGUGGUUCUUUCAGCAGCGGCGGCUCCUUUCGCAGUGAUUCUCAAAACCGCCCCGCAGAGAAUUAUCAAAAGAAUCCUGCAGGGUAUCCGCAAGGAAACGUUAGCGGGUACUCGCAAGGGGGUGAACCCGGGCAGGGUGUAUAUUCUCGGCCUGAGACGCCCUCACACCCUUCCACACCUUCGCAACCAUCUUCACCGCACUCAUCGUCCCCCGCACACCCUUCCCAUCCCUCACACCUCAGAUCAGACCCAUACCAACGGGGAGGCCUUCCCUCGUCUCGCCCUUCCCAUCUGAACUCCCCUCGCACUCCCUCUUACCACUCUCAACCGUCUCACCCUUCUCACCCUCCUCACUCCUCCUAUCCUUCCUACACGCCUCACCCUUCCAACCCAUCUCACCUGCACUCCAAUCCCCCUUCCCCAUGGGGUCCUUAUUCCCCCCACCCUGUAUCCCCAUCCAUGCAUCCUUCUGCCUACAUGCCCCCGAAUCACCAUCACCACCCAUCCACGCCCUCCCACCCCUCCUCCAUGCCGCAUUACCCCUCCCACAUGCCACAUCCCUCGCAACAACCGCUUUACCAUCCACAACACCAUCAAUCAUAUCAACCACCUGGGUACCCUCACCAUUCAUCAUACCCAAGACCACCCAACUACCAGGGUUAUCCGAACCAUCCCAGUGCUGUAGCAGCAGGGGUAGGGGGUCCAUCUCCCUAUGCCAGUCACCCGGGAACCCCCAGGACUCCAGGUUGA